AUUUGUUAGCUAUGGAGCUAUCCGGUCCAAGAUAAACCACACAGAAAGAAAGUAAACAAACCUAAGGAAGAAGAAGAAGAAGCUCUACAGUUUUUAUAAUAUAGACAUGUAUAUGUUGGUGAAUGAUGCUAAAAUUUUCUCUAUAGUUUGAGAUUCUGUGUUGGUUAUGUUGAUGUGUAUAUACACUUUUUGGUAUGUAUUUUUCCUUGUGGUUAUGGUGGCAAAGCCAGAAACUAUAUGAGAGUGAUGUCGUUUGACUCUUGUUUUGUUGAUCUCUCUGUCUCUCAUUUGCAUCAAUACUUUUCUUUAGUUGUUAUCAUAACCUGUUUGAUGUUUGUGGUCCUAUAGUAAUGCUUAUAUGCCUUGUGACUUUUGUCUAACUUUGACUCUCAUGUGUCACUUUCAGUUUCUUACCACAAACCAACAAUUAACUGAGUCACAUUUUCACCUCACUCGACAACAAAACAGUUAAAAGAAGAAGAAAACGACAGCCUUUUUGAGAUAAGAACAAGAGGAGGAAGACGGAAACAGAGCAUAUCUAUAAAGUAAAGAGUGAGCAAUUUACUGAGUCACAUUCCUCCUCAUCCAGCCACAAACAGUUAAAAGAAGACGAAACGCAGCGUUUUUGAGGUAAAUAACAAGAGGAGGAAGACGAAAACAGAGCAUAUAUAAAGUAAACGAAAGAGAGAGAGUGUUUUUUUACAAUUUGGGGACAUGGCGAAUCAGUCGUCUCCAUCUUCUUCUAUCUACUGUGCUUCUUUCAAUCAAGAUAACAGUGGGUUUGCGAUAAGUUCGAAAGAUUCCUUCAAGAUAUUCGAUUCAACUACAGGCAGACUCUGCUAUAAACGAGCUGCUGGAGCUUUUGUUAUUGUUGAGAUGUUGUAUAGCUCUGAUCUUCUUGCACUUGUUGGAGCUGGUGAACAGGCUUCUCUAUCUCCACGGAGACUCUGCUUGUUCAAUACCACAAAGGGUUCUCCUCUUAAAGAACUCAACUUUUUGACUUCUAUACUCGCUGUCCGUAUGAACAAGAAACGGCUUGUUGUUGUGCUGGUGGAGAAGACAUUCGUUUACGACUUGAAUACGCUUGUUAUGCUUGAUACUAUUGACACCGUGCCAAAUCCAAAAGGUCUCUGUGCGUUCUCUCCGAGUCUUGAAGGCUGCUUCUUAGCUGUUCCGGCUAGUACAACGAAAGGAGCUGUUUUGGUGUAUAACGUCAUGGAUUUGCAGUCUCACAGUGAGAUUGAUGCACAUCGUUCUCCGUUGGCUGCGAUUGCACUCUCUUCAAAUGGAAUGUAUAUUGCUACAGCAUCUGAGCAAGGAACUCUGAUCCGAGUCCACCUGGUUUCUGAAUCAACUAAGUCAUAUAGUUUCAGGAGAGGAACAUACCCAUCAACGAUAUACUCACUCUCUUUUGGACCGUCCACACAGCUACCGGAUAUAUUGAUUGCAACGAGCUCUUCAGGCUCCGUUCAUGCCUUCUCUUUAAUGUUGGCCAUAAACCAAAGAAGCAAAAGGUCUACUAGCUUUCUUGGAUCAGUUCUUCCUGACAGCGUGAGUGAUGCACUAGACCCAGCACAUCAUCACGUGCUUCAGAAUGCAGUUUCUUCCGGAGUUAGAAGUUAUGCAGUGGUUAGGAAGGUAGACAAACUUGAAGGAACAUCAUCUCCAUCUCAGUUUACAUCUAUUAGGGCGACGGUAUCGGUGAUUACAUAUAGUGGGUAUUUUCAGGAGUAUACGAUGAGUAUCAAUAGCAAGAAUGAAUCGUUAUGGACACUGGAGCGUGAGUUCAACCUCUACCCCGUAAUCAGCAGUUGAUACUAUUAGUUCUAACCCAAAUACCAAAGAUAUCAAAGUACAUGGCAGCUUCUUCUUUUUGUAUAUAACAAUAUGUACUUAGGUUUCAUCAAAAGAUUGUUUUGUUGUUCAUGUUCUUUGUCUAUUAUCAAAUACUCGUGUUCUCAAACAGUCAAUUUGUGUUAAAAAAAAACGAAACACAAAAAGGUGUCUCUUGUGUUCCAAGC